AUGUCCACCCCCGGAGAUUCACGCCCCGCUGCCAAGCCACAGCGAAUUCUGUCCUGCGUGCUUUGUCAGCAACGCAAGAUCAAAUGCGAUCGCAAAUCGCCUUGUGGAAACUGCCUCCGCGCUGGCGCUGACUGUGUACUGGCUACGCGCCAGCGUCGUCGACGCUUUGCUGAGCGCGAUCUGCUGGAGCGCCUCCGCCACUAUGAAGAUCUGUUGCGCCACAACCACAUCCCAUUCCAGCCCCUUCAUCCUCCGCCUGAUGAUGACCCAACCUCGCCCGGUGGCAGUGAGCCAACCUCGCACAGAUCCGAGCUGGAACAGCCGCCUCCAGAUGCCGUCUCUGACCCAUCAGUGAAGACGAAGACGAAGCGUAAAGCUGAGGCAGCCGAUCGUGGCCUUGGUCAGGAUGUGAGCCAGGCGGUCAUCACCACUGCCUGGAAUCAGAUGUAUCAGAGCGAACCAGGUGAUUAUCUUUUGUUUGGUCAUGCGAAGACCAAUAUCGAUCUCGCAGCUAUACAUCCGGACCAGGCUCAAAUAUUUCGCCUGUGGCAAAUCUAUCUCGAUAAUGUCGACCCGUUGCUCAAGAUCACCCAUACACCCACUUUACAGUCACGGAUCAUCGAUGCCGCAGCCGAUAUAGCCCAGGUUCCCCCCGCACUGGAGGCCCUGAUGUUUAGCAUCUACUGUAUGGCUUUGCUGAGUUUGAGUGACGACGCCUGUCAGAGAGCAUUCGGCGCGUCUCGCAAGGAGCAACUAGCUACAUAUCAAGUGGCCUGCCAGCAGGCGCUCCGAGGUUGUGACAUAUUUCGCGCAGCCGAUCGCGACAGCCUAACCGCGUUGCUUCUCUACCUGGUCUCUAUACGUGAGGAGGCUGACCCUCGUACUUUGUCUUCCAUGUUAGCCAUCGCUAUUCGCAUUGCUCAUCGCAUGGGCCUACACCGAGAACCGGCCAACGCUCGCUGUCUGGCAUUGGAAGGAGAGAUGCGCCGCCGACUGUGGUGGUCGCUGAUCAUGUUUGACAGUCGUAUUUGCGAGAUAUUUGACUACAGAGCAGCGCCCUUAGACCCCACCUGGGACUGCCAGCCGCCGGUCAACAUCCAUGACUUUGAUCUCCGGCCCGAGAUGAAGAAAUUGCCCGCAGGGCACGACAGACCGACCGAGGCAAUCUUCACCGUAGUCCGAAGCGAGGUUACCGACUUUAUCCGCCAUAGCUCCUUUCAUUUGGAUCUUACUAAUCCACUCCUUCAUCGACUGGUGGAUAGAUCACAGAAUGCGAGCGAUCUGAGCAGGUUUGAGCAUAGCAUAGAGCAGAAGUUCCUCAACUCCUGCAGCCUCGACAACCCUCUGCAGUACAUGACCCUGUGGACGGCACGGGGAUCAUUGGCGAAGAGUCACUUGCUGGACUAUUAUACUCAACGGGCGAAAGCCACGACCGAGCCGACAGAAACGGGGCUGGACUGGGCUUUGAACCAGGCUCUUUCUAUCAUUCAGUCCGAUACGAGGCUAAUGGCGUCCUCACUUACUGUGGGAUAUCGGUGGUUCUUGCUCAUGUAUUUUCCCUUACCGGCCUACGUACAUAUUCUUCAAGAUCUGCGGAAGCGCCCAGGGAAACGAGCAGACUCAGUCUGGGAAGCAAUGGGCGACAAUUAUGAAGCACGGAAGAUGAGUAGCAUGCGGAGUGAGUCACCAAUCUUUGUCGUCUUCUCCCGCCUCGUUCUUCAAGCUUGGGAAGCGCGAGAGACCGCAUCCCCCGACCAACCGCUGCAGCCACCGCAGAUGGUGGUGGACGUUCGCCGCAGGAUCCUACAGAUGCAAGCCUCUUUCCCCCGGGAAGCCGACAAAGAUCCAACAAAUGGCAAUGCUACCAGUGCUUUAGCCACGGAUAACGGUCCGCUCCCCAUGCCUGCCAACAUGCCUGCCAACAUUGGGUCCGUGGGUCAAGGCGUUGCCGCUUACGAGCCGGAAUUGCUGGCUUCUACCCGCACAGAUCCCCUGAACUACGCUUCUUUAUUCGGUGCCCACGAGAUGGGCGUUGAUUUGAACCAGCUGUACCUGUCUCCGAUGGACUGGAUUUUCGCUCAGCCAUAG